CUCAGCUCAGAGGGCGCUCCCCACAGCGCCGCGCCGCGCAGGAUGCGCCUGCUGCCGGCGCCCGUCCUCGCGCUCGCGGCCGCGACCGCCUGCCUCUGCUGCUGCGUCUCUUCGCCUUCCGCCGUUCUGCCAGAGUCGCAGAUGCAUCCUAAAUUUGAGCGGAAGAUGGCGAAAGUGGGUGAUACCGUAGAGCUGAAAUGCCAUCCACAUUGGAAAAAUGGUCUUAGUAGUGGAUUCAAGAAGCACAAAGCUACGUGGAUAUUCCAGACAUUGCAGGGUGGUGGUCUCAAGUGUAAUUUGGGAGUGUGGUGAGAGAUAUGGCCAGUACCCAUGCCCACAGCAUAUUGAGGAAGGGGACAUUAAUAAACCUCUACACCUUUGUGGAAAGAAAUUGUGCCGUGGCAAUCUGUUAAUGAAGAAUGUCUCAGUAGCAAACAGUGGGAUGUACCAGUGUGUUUAUCCUUAUGGAAACAAAACUGCUGACAGAAAAACAAUUGUUUCAUAUAUUUUGGAAGUUGUUGAAACUGCAGAAUGUCCACAAAUUUUGGAGGUGUUUCCAGAGAAUGUAACAGUUCUGGAAGGCUCACAAAUUAUUUUCAGUUGCAAAGCACUAAGUAAUGUUUUUGCACAGUUCCAUUGGGUCCGGAAAUAUGACAGCAGCUCAGCUUCACAAACUAUACGCUAUGGAGACAAUAUAUAUGAAGCACUUAACUCCAGUGGACAAUUAGCUAUAUCAGAAGAUACUUACAUUGGUAAACUCAAUCUUCCUGCUGCUCAACAAAAGGAUUCUCGUGAUUAUGCUUGUGUGGUAACUAACUCAAGAGGUUUUGUCUAUAGAGAAGUUCAUUUGACAGUGCUUCCAAGGACUUCUAAUAAUCCUGUUCUUGGGCAAGGAGUUGAUGGGUCUGUCCAUCUUCUCUUUCUGAUUCCUGUAAUCAUGGUUCUUGUGCCAACAGCUGCAUGGUUCAUGUGCAUAUAUUGGAGGCGAAGGAAAAAAAAUGAAAUAAGUGAACAAAUAGUAACAAAUUCAGUGGCAGUGCAACAAAACUGCAAACAUAACAACAACAGGAGCACUAUUAAAUAUCAUAUAGUUAAUCCUCCUGUGGAUUUUGAAGGCAAUAAGAGCAUUACCAACUAAGCUAUAAAAUAGCUUCAGCAUUUCACCAGCAUAAUUUUGCAUGAAAAAAGGCAGAUUCCUUGUGAUAAUAUUCCUAAAUGUCACUGUAGAUCCAGAAGCUGCCUAAAACUUUUACUUUAUAUAGUGACAUUGGACUUAUGCUUGUUGUGUUCAUUAUUUAUGUAAAGAGUGAAUUUUGUAAAUAUUUUGAAAACUUCUUUGAGAAGUUUGUCUGAGCUGUGAUCCCAUUAAUCUAGUAUUUAAUAAAUUAUUUUACUACAGAA